AGUUUCAGAACGCACUAAAAUCGCAGCAUCUCGCGUUUUGUGCUUCUCUCGUUCGGCUGCUUGCGCUCCCGCGAUUUCGUUGCGAUCCGAUAAUAUUCAUCCCGAUUGUUUUAUCAUUCCGGGAACGAGGAAGUUUACGUGGUCGUGUUGACGUGGCAGCAACCAACGGAUAAAAUGCUGAGAUCGUUGUUUGUUGCUUUGGCCGUGUCGGCUGUGUUUGCCGGCGUGCCGACUCCUGAAGAAACAAAGAGGAUAAUGGAUCGCCUCUCGGAGGCCGAACACUUUAAAAACGAACAUCAUAAUAAGCAGUUUGAUCACGACGCCUUUUUAGGUGAAGAUCAAGCCAAAACAUUUGAUCAGCUGCCUCCUGAGGAGAGUAAAAGGAGAUUGGGAAUCAUCGUGGACAAGAUUGACGGGGACAAGGAUGGGUUCGUUUCGCUAGUGGAACUGAAGGAUUGGAUCAGGUACACUCAGAAGCGGUACAUCAACGAGGAUGUCGACCGCCAUUGGAGGCAGCACAACCCUAACAAUGAUGACGUCAUUCCUUGGGAGACAUACAGAAAGAAUGUAUACGGCUUCAUGGAUGAGAUGGACCCUAAGGAACUGAAGACACCGAACAGCGAAGGGUUUACGUACUCCAACCUUUUGAAGAGAGACCGCAGGAGAUGGACUUACGCUGAUGCGGAUGAGAAUGACGCGUUGAACCGCACGGAGUUCGCAGCCUUCCUUCACCCGGAAGAUCACUCGGAAAUGAGGGAUGUAGUCGUGUUGGAAACUAUGGAGGAUAUUGACAAAGAUCAGGACGGUAAAGUUUCUCUUGAGGAGUACAUCGGAGACAUGUACAAGCCUGAGGAUGGAGAGGACGAAGACGAGCCUGACUGGGUCAAACAGGAGAGGGAACAGUUCAACGGAUACAGAGACACAAACAAGGACGGUUUUAUGGAUGAGAACGAAGUCAAAGAUUGGAUCGCACCUCCAGAGUUCGACCAUGCCGAAGCAGAAGCAAGACAUUUGGUCUUCGAAGCAGACACGGAUGCCGACGAAAAACUAACUAAAGACGAAAUCUUAGAGAAAUACGACCUCUUUGUAGGCUCCCAAGCUACAGAUUUCGGUGAAGCGCUCGCCCGUCAUGAUGAGUUCUAAAUAAGGUAGAGUAUUGCCAACAGGACGAGAUUACUUAGGAAAAUGGACCUUACAAAUGUAUGUUAUUUUCAGUUUGUCAUUCAAAACUCAACUUAGUUCCUAAAUUAUAAGGUUGAUUAUUGUGUAAGAAUGAGAGUAUUAGUUUCGUCUUGUUGGCGUUACUGGGCCGUACUACUCAGG